UGGAUGCCACUGAACAAUAACUUUAAACCAAUUUAUGGGGAGUCAAUGCGUUUAUGAAAGCUUUCCAUGGGAGCCACAGAUUGAAACGCGUUUAGUUUGGUUCUAUAGUCAGACACUCUGAGGUGACACAUAAGCCCCAUACAUAGGCUAUCAUUCUUACGCUGAGAGAAAGGCGACAUUUCGAACAACAUCAAAUAAAAUAUUUAAUUCCAGAAAUCAGAAUCAUAUCAGGAGUUUCUCUUGCAUAAAGACGUCUGGCUGAGGGGGUUAACUUCGCGCGCAUUAGUAAUGCAUGAGUAGUGGGAGGGGGCUGGCCGUGCGCGAUGCCCCCCAAUAGACUCUCGAGACAUUGUCAUGGAAAGAGACCACCGCCUCGCUAUUGUCUCGCGGACUGCCAAGUUUAUUAUAAACACUGCGCGAGCUGGCCGGAGCGCUGUCAUACGGAGCGCAAAGCGAGGUGGUCAGGCAGGGAGCGAGAGAGAAGCUGAUGUGGAUGGAAGAGGAAGCUACUGAUACUGAGAGAGAAAAGAAAGAAAGAGAUUUCAGGAAUAUUGCUGUCAAGGAAGAGAGACACGUAAAGAAAUAAAUAUAUAGUCAAAUAAUAUCCUGCUUUGACUGAAAACAAGAAAACCAAAUUGGAGAGAGGGGCUGCUAACUCGGGGACCUAAAGCUGGUCCUUGGAGAAAUUAGAAAAACUGAACUCAUUCUGUGGUGUUUUUCCAGCUUCAACGUUUUAAUUCCUCUCGAAUCCUGAGAAGUACAUUUCAUCAAGCGCUCUCCCAGAGUUGUCGUUCUCGCGUCUCCAUGUAUAAAAUGGAUUACUCCUACCUGAACUCAUAUGACUCGUGCAUGGCGGCCAUGGAGGCAUCGGCCUACGCGGACUUCAGCUCCUGCAGCCAGGCCAGCUCGUUCCAGUACAACCCGAUCCGGACCGGGUUCGGUGCCAACCCGGGCUGCGCGCCCCUCAGCACCGCGAACUGCACACUGGGGUCCCUGCGCGAGCACCAGCCCACACCCUAUUCCACAGUUCCAUAUAAGUUCUUCUCGGACCCUUCCGGUUUGAACGAGAAGCGGAAACAGCGGCGCAUAAGGACCACCUUCACGAGCUCACAGCUGAAGGAGCUGGAGCGCGUGUUCGCAGAGACCCACUAUCCCGACAUCUACACGCGCGAGGAGCUUGCACUCAAGAUCGACCUUACUGAGGCGCGGGUACAGGUAUGGUUCCAGAACCGGCGGGCUAAGUUCCGUAAGGUGGAGCGUGCGGCCAACUCUAAAUCUGGUAACGGGACCGGGGGCCCAGGAGGGAACAAUGGCUGUACCGGGGGUAAAAAGGGCGAGCCCAGAUCUUCCUCGGAUGACGACGAAUCAAAAGAGUCCACCUGCAGUCCCACCCCUGACAGCACCGCCUCGCUGCCCGGCUCAGCCAAUGGGAACAUGGGUAGCCCCGCCAGCCUCAGCCCCAGCCCCGCCCCUGCUAACAGUGGUUAUGCUAACACCUCCAGCUCCCCCGUUCUGCAGGGGCUCAAACCCCCUGGCUGGCCCAGUCUAGGCCCCAUUAACCCAGGAAUGGCCCAACACACAGCCCAGGCUCCAGAGCUGCUGAAGGCGUGGCAGCCGGCAGACAGUAUGACAGGGCCUUUCGCUGGCGUGCUCUCCUCCUUCCACCGGAAACCCAAUGCUCUCAAGACUAACCUGUACUAGAGACAAGGAGCAGAGAUCUCUAGUAUAACUACUGUAUAUCUAUACAGACUAACCUGUACUAGAGACAAGGAGCAGAGAUCUCUAGUAUAACUACUGUAUAUCUAUAUUCUCCUUCCCCCUCUAUCUACUGCCCCCCGGAGCGGGACUACCCCCUUUCAUUUAUUACCACCCGAACACUCCAUGUGGCAGUUGUAGUUUGUGAAUGUGUGAGUGUUUGUGUUGAAGUGUGUGUAACAUGCAUCUUGUACGGGGAGUGUGUGUGUGUAUGUGUGUGUGUCAGUUGUUCUGUAUGUUCUCACUCCAACAAAGCUACACAUACUCCCCAACACACACACUAUACACAGUAAGAAAGGCCUUCGCAGACAUUGUGGUGCACUUAGUAACACUAGCUCCUAGCCUCUGUACCCCCUGAUUAGUAUGUGAACAUGGCAGGGUGAAGGUAAACAGUCAGUCUCCCUGGGGAGACUCAGGGGACAAAACCCAAACUGUUACCAGCAAGCACAACUUCCUUUAUAUCCCUGGCAGAGAGAGGGGACCCCCAAAUCCCUCUGUACUGGAGAAGGGACCCCCAAAUCCAAUUAUCCCCCUGAAGACCAGACCCCCGCUCACAUCCUCACUACACCCCACGCCAGUGUACCCUGACACCUACUGUCAGACAACC